CUGGCCAUCAUGGUGAAACCCCAUCUUUAAAAAAAAAAAAAGUGGUUAACUUUCUUGCACACCAGGGAGCUCAUUUCUCAUGAUGCUGGGCAGGGGAUCCACUGCCCAGGAUGACCAGGGCAUGAAAGCCAGGCUGACACUGAGCAGGAUGUGACCUCCAGAGGCGGCAGAGCAGCUGGGAGCUGAAGGAUGGAAGGAGAGGCAGGGAGCAGAGGGUGGACCUGAGCCUUCUAGAGUAAGCAGACGGAUAGGAGGGAGCUCCCUGUCCCUGGAGGUGUGCAAGCAGAGGUGCGUGUCCAUAAUGGCCAAAUCAUAACCAGCACGGCCCAGCCCCUCAGUCUGCAGAGCCUGAGGGGCUCACAACACCCUCCGCUGAGCCUGGCUGCAAACCUCUGAAGGGCAGGUGUCCUGUGUGUGCUUGUUUCCCUUAUGUCAAAACUAAAGGGGCAGGGGUGGGCUAAAGAAACUUCUCAGGGUUGUGAGGAUGAAAUUAAAUCAUGUCUAUAAAAGCAACUGGCACACACAGUGUCCUCGAUUCCUCUUGAGUAAAAACAAUGUAGGGAAACACUCAUGUAGCUCAUACUAUGUGCUAGCACUUUUCAUACAGCCCAUGUAACAGUCAUGAAGCCACAGCCCUGGGAGGUAGGCAUUAUGAUCCCAUUCAGAUGAGAUAACUGAGGCCAGGGCGGGCAGGUGAGAGGAGUGACUUGCCUUGGCGACACACCGUGAGCCAGUGGCAGGGACAGGGUUAGAAUCCCCAUUUGUCCCUAGAGUUCUUUCCACUUGCUGACGCUGCUACCUGGAGAACACCAAGAGAACUCACUAGACACAGGGCCAGCUUCCCUCAGCCUGGGCUCUAACCUGCCCUCCUUUCAGAAUUGUCCUCAGCUGGAAGGGACACCCUCCCUGACUCCCUUCCACCCGGGUUCAGCACCCCUUCUUAUGAACUCCCCUAACACUCGGUGCCUGCCUGAGGCAACCCCGCCAGGCUGGGAGCUCCGGGCACACCCAAACUAUGGUUGUCUUUCUCACUGCCUGGCACUGAAAAGGCUCCCAAUAAAUACUUGUUGAAACCGUUUGCGCGAAUGCUGUGUGUAUGAAUUCUGUCUGCCGGGGGAGUGCUCAGGGUGUGGUCAGUGCCAAGCACCUACCAGAGAUCCGCAGGAGACAGGCUGGACUGAGCAGAGGACUGUGGAGUUACUGUACCCUCUCUCCCCUGCACACGCACACACUGGGUCUCUGUGGGGCAGCCUGAGUCCCUCCACCCAGGGCUUCAGCUCAUCACGGGAUCUUCCUUACACAGAUAUAUUUCCAGGUUCCAGUAACCUCCCUGCCCUACCGAUUCAGACCCCGGGCGGCCAAGGCGCCCUGCUGUUAGUAGCCUGCCGCACCGCCCUACCCCUGCUGGAGUCCCUAACGCCGCCUCCGCUGUUGGAAAUCGUUCCUUUAUUAGACCCUCCUCCGAUUACCCUAUUUGAGAGCGCGCCAUCUGUCUCCUGCAGAUAUCGAUAGGAAAACGCUUAGCAAGUCUGAAGAACCGAAAAGGGCACUGUGUCUGAGUGGGUACGCAGGGCAGAAUGUCGUGCUGGUGAGGCAGGACUGGGUCACUGUCGCCAUAAGGAACCUGGACGGUAGACGGAGGGGGGAGUCGCUGAUGGAAUGGUCAAGGGAGGGAAUAAACGGAUGAGGACGGUUCCCUCUCCCCCGCGCAGCCAGGUGGCUUCCCCGACGUUGUUUGUGUUCUCUCCCCGGCAGGAUGCGGGAAGCCCCUGGGCCGGAGGAGUCGGAGCCGGGCUGCGAGCCGCCGUGUGCGGGCCAGUGCCACGCGCAGCGCGUGCUGCAGACCCUCAACGCGUACCGGCGGAGCGGCACCCUCACCGACGUUGUGCUGCGAGCCGGCGGCCGCGACUUCCCUUGCCAUCGCGCGGCGCUCAGCGCGGGCAGCGCCUACUUCCGCAGCUUGUUCGCGGCCGGGCGACCCGAGCGCGUCCUGGCCGUGGUGCCCUUGGUGGCCGACGCGCCGGGCUCCGGCCCGGCCGGGACGGCGGCGGCACUGGCCGUGGUGCUCGAUUACGUGUAUGGCGCGGGCGCGCGGCUGCGCGCGGAGGACGAGGCGGCGGCCGUGCUGGCGCUGGCGGAGCGGCUGGGCGUGGCGGGCCUGCGCGAGGCCUGCGUGCGAUUUCUCGAGGGCCGCCUGCGCGCCGCCAACAGUCUGGCGCUGCGCCGCGUGGCCGCCGCCUUCUCGCUGGCCCCGCUGGCCGAGCGCUGCGGCCGGGUCCUGCGCCAGGCCUUCGCCGAGGUGGCGCGCCACGCCGACUUCCUGGAGCUGGCGCCCGACGAGGUGGCGGCGCUGCUGGCGGACCCCGCGCUGGGCGUGGCGCGCGAGGAGGCCGUGUUCGAGGCGGCCAUGCGCUGGGUGCGCCACGACGCGCCUGCCCGCCGCGGGCAGCUGCGACGCCUGCUGGAGCACGUGCGCCUGCCCCUGCUGGCGCCCGCCUACUUCCUGGAGAAGGUGGAGGCUGACGAGCUGUUGCAGGCCUGCGGCGAGUGCCGCCCGCUGCUGCUCGAGGCCCGCACCUGCUUCAUCCUGGGCCGCGAGGCCGGCGCGCUGCGGGCCCGGCCGCGGAGAUUCAUGGACCUAGCUGAAGUGAUCGUGGUCAUCGGCGGUUGCGACCGCAAAGGUCUCCUGAAGCUGCCCUUCGCCGAUGCCUACCACCCAGAGAGCCAGCGGUGGACCCCACUGCCCAGCCUGCCCGGCUACACUCGCUCAGAAUUCGCCGCCUGUGCUCUCCGCAAUGACGUCUACGUCUCUGGAGGCCACAUCAACAGUCACGAUGUGUGGAUGUUUAGGUCCCAUCUGCACACCUGGAUCAAGGUAGCCUCUCUGCACAAGGGCAGGUGGCGGCACAAGAUGGCAGUUGUGCAGGGGCAGCUGUUCGCGGUGGGUGGCUUCGACGGCCUGAGGCGCCUGCGCAGCGUGGAGCGCUACGACCCCUUCUCCAACACCUGGGCGGCCGCCGCACCCCUCCCGGAGGCCGUGAGCUCGGCAGCGGUGGCGUCCUGCGCGGGUCAGCUCUUCGUGAUCGGGGGUGCCGGGCAGGACAGCGUCAACACGGACAAGGUACAGUGCUUUGACCCCAAGGAAGACCAGUGGAGCCUGCGGUCACCAGCACCCUUCUCACAGCGGUGUCUCGAGGCUGUCUCCCUGGAUGACACCAUCUAUGUCCUGGGGGGUCUCAUGAGCAAAAUCUUUACCUAUCAUCCAGGCACAGAUGUGUGGGGGGAGGCAGCUGUCCUCCCCAGCCCUGUGGAGAGCUGUGGAGUCACUGUGUGUGAUGGGAAGGUCCACAUCCUUGGUGGGCGGGAUGAUCGCGGAGAAAGCACCGAUAAGGUCUUCACCUUUGACCCCAGCAGUGGGCAGGUGGAGGCCCAGCCAUCCCUGCAGCGCUGCACCAGCUCCCAUGGCUGUGUCACCAUUGUCCAGAACCUGGGCAGGUGACUCAGAUUGGACAGCCUGAGCCAGGAGGCAGAAAGGCAAGCAGAGCUCAGGCGUACACUCCUCUCUCUCAUGGCACCUCCACGCAAACAGCCCUUAAUGGUCCCUUUUCUUGCAGAAAUAAAACCUUGUCCAGCCUGUC